CACAGAGACCCCCAAGGUGGGGUCAGGGACCCCAUGGGACGAUGGCGGGACCCCAGAGGGGCACAGGGACCCCAGAGAGGGGUCGGGGACCCCCUGGGAGGAUGCUGGGACGCGGGCGGUGUUUUAGGGGCGCGAUGGAAGAUUUAGGGACCCUGGGGCGGGGUCAGAAGGGGACCCCAAAGCUGCGGGAUGCAGUGACCCCAUGGGGGACGGGGGCUCUUCCGCGCCCCCCAGGUUUGGGGGCCCAUGGCAGAGCAGGACCGGGCGCUGGAGCCGGGCUGGCUCCUGUCCCCCGCCGGCCGCCCCUACCUGGACUCCAUCCUGCACAAGAAUCAGCGCAGAGUGUUCGGUCUGCUGGAGCGCCCGGCGCUGCCGCCCGCCCUGGCUGUCCCCACUGUCACCUACAAACUCUUCCUGGCGGGGAAAAGCGGCGUCGGGAAGACGGCGCUGGUGGCCUGGCUGGGGGGGACCCCCGCGCCCCCCGCCCACCACGAGACGCUGGGGAUCGAGGCCACCAGGACACCCUGGGUACGGCCCGGGGGGUCCGGGGGUGACAGUCCCGCGUGUCCCCGCGGGGAUCGAGGCCACCAGGACACCCUGGGGGAGCCCGCAGUGAGGGGGUGUCCCCGUCCCCAGGCCUGUAAGGAGGAGGCGGACGCCGCCCUGUUCCUGUUCUCCUUCACGGACCGCGCGUCCUUCGAGGAGCUGCCGGCGCUCAUGGGCCGCGUGCUGGGCCCCGGCGACCGUGACCUCGUCAGGAUGGUCGUGGGCACCAAAUUCGACCUGGCCCCACACGCGGCCGUGACGGAGGGGGACGUGCGGGCCUUCGAGGGGACGUGGGGGCUGCGGGUGCUGCGGGUGGGGGUGAUUUUCUAUGAAAAAGAUGCCUGGUGGCCUGACUUGUCCGAUUCGGGGGAUGGGGGAUCUGGGGGUUCUGGGAGGGAUUAUGCGAACAGGGGUGCAGGAUUCAGAGUGCUGUGGGAUUUGAGGCGCUGGGAUUGA